AAACACACACACUAAGGAAUCAGAAUCUUCAUUACACAACCAUAAUGGAUGAAACGUCACACAUGGUGAAAUGAUGCACACAAAGACACCAAAAUAUAGAACGUUUAAUCUCGUGUUUAGAGAAUAGAACUCCAGUAAGUUUCGUCGACAAGUAUUCUCCUAAAGGGACAUAUGCAAAGAUUGCGGCAUUCUUUGAAGGCUGUCUGUCUUGGUGUUAUCAUGAUAUCAUAAUGAAGAUACAGUCUCAAUUGGCAAAUAUCAUUUGCUGAAGGUCAUUAUUACCUUCUUAUAAGUGUUAAUCAAAUAUUUAAACUUUUUUUUUCAUUGUGUCAUAAUUGUGAUGACAUUAAUUUCGUGUCAUGCGAAGAUGCUCGCCCGACGUGUACCAAUUAAUAUAUCACAGGUAAUUGCUUAGUAAUGCGAAAAUUCCUGUUGCUAGUUUUGGCAGGUGCUAUCGUGAUUGGUUUGUACACCUAUGUUACCCCAAAGCUCUUUCAGCACGAGACAAAACCGUCGCUUAAAGACAUUCGAUUGGCAACUUCGACAAAUGGAAAUCCACAUCCCAAUAACCUGUCUUCAGUAGAACAAACAAUAUUGAAUGUUAUAUCAAACAAGUGCAAACGCGAACUGCUACUAAAAGGUGAACUGUUUAAUAUAUCUAAACCAGACAUAUUAACCGAUUUACCUUUGAAUGUACUCAAUACGCACGACUUUCUUCCUGUAAAAAAAGGCGGGUUUUACGAACCUGAAAAUUGUGAACCAUUGACACGUACUGUGAUUAUUAUACCGUAUCGCAACAGAGAGCAGCAUCUGAAAAUUAUCAUCAACAAUCUGCACAGGAUUCUACAGAGGCAGCAGCUGAAAUACGGAAUCUUUGUCAUAGAACUGUCGCUACCCACCACGUUCAACAUAGGAGUCCUCAUGAACAUGGGGUUCUUAUUGGCAAACAAUAUCAGCGAAUAUGAUUGCUUUGUCUUCCAUGAUGUCGACCUUAUUCCUCUAGAUGACAGAAUUGCAUACCAUUGCGACGUGUCUCCUAAACACAUGUCCGCAUUCAACACGAAAUACGCGAAGGUGAAUAUUGCCAAGGCUCUUCCUUAUUCCACGUAUGUGGGCGGUGUUAUCAGCUUACGGGGCGUGGAUUAUAAGAAACUGAACGGGUUUAGUAACGCCUACUUCGGGUGGGGAGGGACGGAUGAUGACAUUGAAAUUAGAGCAAAGGCAGCGAUGAUACCAUUUAAAAGGGAAAACCAGAACAUCGGUCGAUACUACGCCCUUCCCCACCAAAGAGAUAGUAACAACACGGAAAAUCUUUUAAAAGGAUCUUUGUUUAAAUCAGCGAGAAAAAGAUAUUUAAAUGAAGGACUUAACACUGUUGAGAAAUGUUGUAAACGGCUAUCAAUUGUGUACAAAGAUCUGUAUGUACAUGUAACUGUAUCGUGUGAUGAAAAUAUUGUUAUGAACCAACUUUUAAAUUUGUAAGUAAUGCAUAGAGUUCAACUUGCAAGUCUACUUUUCGUUGUAGCGAAUACGUGUUAUACUGUGUGCGUAUGUGUGUUGUACUCAGUUGUAAAUUCAGAACAUAGCUAUUACAUGUAUACACAUUAAA